GCAAAUACCUGAAAGCUUUCAGCAGCACUUUCAAGAUGCACCCGAAUUUAGCCAGCACGUUUGGAGUAUUUUGCAUCUUCUUACACAUGUUCCUGCAUUCAGUCAACGGUAGAAUCCUGCGCAGAUCUUGUGGAGACUACGCAAACUUCUCAUAUGUAGAGCAGGAUAAAGUUUUGCAGGGAGAGAAAAUAACAACAGUAAUUGUUCCAUCCGAAGAAGAAUGCGAACUUGCCUGUGUUGAUGAGCUGCAAUGCAAGUCAAUAAACAUAGAAAAGAGUAAGAAAGCCAGAAGGUGCGAGCUCAACAAACGCUCUACUGCAGAUGCUUCAGACGGGGUAGCACUAACGCCAAAGCAAGGUUGGGUGUACAAGUCAACGAGCUUUACUGAAAAUCUGAUUGGGCACAUGUGCAGGAAACUCAAUCCAUGCGAACCGGAGCAUUUGUGUCUCGAUGUUUGCUAUUCCCCUGGAUACAAGUGCACCCAUUGCAAGGAGCUUCCACUUGGCAUGCCGUGUGUUAGAUGUGAGUCAAUAAUUAAACAAUAAUACCUUAUCUCUUUAAAGAUGAUACAUCAUAUUAACAUGGAUCGGGAUUGGAUUAGAAUGACAGGGAUCAGGAUUGCAACCCUGAAAAUUGACGAGUCGUGAUCAUACAAUCGUGAUCAAAAUCCUGACAGUUCCAAUCAAUCCCAGUUGAAUCCGGUCAAAUGGCUUUUGAUUGUGAUGUCCAUGUAGAUCCCAAAGAAUCAGACCUUGAAAAAGGGAUGUUUUGCGACCGCCACUGCUCUCAGACAGUAAAGGCAAAAAGCCAUAGAACAGUUGAUGAGAAUGAACCUCCCAAAUCACAAUUUCUAUUUUGUCUUCAAAUCUGCUCAAUGUAUAUAAAACAGUGGAUGAGAGUCACUUAGGGUAAGCUUACGUGGUAUGGAGAGUCCUCUCUAUACCAAGCAAUCUGCAAAAAUAUCAGGACAAAGCGUUCGAUCUAAUAGAAUCUUCAACGGUAAAGGAUACUUAUGAUAAGAGACUUAUGAACAGAGAGGUAAAGAUAGGGGGCUCAGGGGGAUGAGCCUCCCUUGUUGAUUCCGAAUAUUGGUAAAUUUCUACUUUUGCUAUUGUCAUUAGCAACAUUUUGUGCAAAAGCCUCAUUGCUAUUGUUUUUUAUUGCACUACACCACUGCCUAUGAAGGUAAGUCAAUUGAUGAAGUUUGACCAAGCAGUUAUGACUUGUAAAAUUGUCAAUCAGCUCUGUCCUAGAGAGCUAAAAAAUCAGUUCGUCAAAAGGUCUGCCAUAGCAAAAUACAACACAAGGAAUAGAUAGAUAAAAUCUCCAUGCGCAAAAACUAACAUUAGAUUAUACCAAAAGAUGUUCUUGUACACUGGUCCAUUUGCUUGGAAUGAAAUCCCAGAAUUCAUUAAAGAUCUCAAUUCGUUUUAAAAUAGAACUAAGAUUUCACCUUUUGAGCUAACAUACAUCAGCUUGGUCCGAAUCAAUGGAAGUUCAUACAAUUUAUGUUUUAAUCUCUAAGUAAACUUAUCAAAUGUUUAAUGUUAUGUAGUUUUUAAUUCUGUAUAUCUUAACUUUUCUCUUUACUGAAUGGAUAUCGUGUAUAAAUAAGAUUAAAUGAAAAAAAAAUGUCUGAUCUUUUAUGGUUUCAUGCCGAGCUAAUUUCUGCUAUCUCAAAAGGCGAAAUCUUGGUUCUAUUUCAAAUCGUACGAUGGAAUCGAUAUCUCUAAUGGAUUGUGAGAUUUCAUCCCAAGCAAAUGGACCAGUGUACGAAAAACCUCCUUUAACCUUUGCGAACACUCAGGGACGCCGGAACGACAAAGGGGCGAGGGGGCAGGCUUGAGUAAAAGGGCAUUUGAAAGAUAAUUCCCCGCUACUAGCAAUUCUUUCGUAACAGCCAUUUUACUUCGAUCUUCUUCAGGUAUCUUGGACAUUUGUUAACUUUUGGCAUUAUUUUACAAAUUUUGAGAAAUGUCGUCAUGAAUUAUGCACUAAAAUCGGAAUUUCAUAUGACUCUCCCUGAUUAUUAGAAUGGCCGGUUUUAAGGGCACUUUAAUGAAAAGGGCACUUUAAUGAAAAGGGCACUCUGAACUCCUUUGUUCCUUCUUUUCCAGCGCUCCCUCUUCUCUGGCGUC